AUGAAGCGGCAGAACCUGCGCACGGCCGCGCUCAUCCUCUGCAUCUUCUCCUACCUGCUGGUGGGCGCCGCCGUCUUCGAUGCGCUGGAGUCGGAGGCGGAGAGCGGCCGCAAGCGGCUGCUGGAGCAGAAGCGCGGGGAGCUGCGGAGGAAGUACCGCUUCUCCGCCGACGAUUACCGGGAGCUGGAGCGGCUGGUGCUGCAGGCCGAGCCCCACCGAGCCGGCAGGCAGUGGAAGUUCGCCGGCUCCUUCUACUUCGCCAUCACGGUCAUCACCACCAUCGGCUACGGGCACGCUGCCCCGGGCACGGAUGCCGGCAAAGUUUUCUGCAUGUUCUACGCGAUCCUGGGCAUCCCCCUGACCCUCGUCAUGUUCCAGAGCCUGGGCGAACGCAUGAACACCCUCGUGCGGCUUCUGCUCAAGAAGGUGAAGAAGUGUCUGGGCAUGAGGACAACCAACGUCUCCAUGGAAAACAUGGUCCUGGUCGGCUUUCUGUCCUGCAUGGGCACACUGUGCAUCGGGGCGGCGGCCUUCUCUUACUUCGAGGGCUGGACUUUCUUCCAUGCCUACUAUUACUGCUUCAUAACCCUGACCACCAUCGGCUUCGGAGACUUCGUGGCCCUGCAGAAGAACGAGGCGCUGCAAAAGAAGCCCCCGUACGUGGCUUUCAGCUUCAUGUACAUCCUGGUGGGCCUGACGGUCAUCGGCGCCUUCCUCAAUCUGGUGGUGCUGCGCUUCCUCACCAUGAACUCGGAGGACGAGCGGCGGGACGCAGAGGAGAGGGCUUCGCUGCGCAGGGCCCGCAACAACCUCCACCCACCGCCCGGCGAGACCGGCCGGGGCAGCAAGGCCAUUUUUCUCCCGGCGGAGGAGCGGACGAGCCAGCUGAACCUGAUCCCGCUGGUCCAGGAGGACGCAGAGAGGCGGCGGCGGCGCUCGGCCAACUCCUCGGCCAAGGUGCCCUCCUUCUGCACCUGCCUGUGCUACCGAGCCCCACUAUGCGGCAGCCCCGUGCCCUCCCACCCCGAGACCCUGAGCUGCCACACCAACCCCGUGUACUACAACUCCAUCUCCUACAAAAUCGACGAGGUGUCCCUGAGCACGCGGGGCCAGACCGGCUCCUCCCCGGCGAGCACGUUGUCAUCUGGCAGCCCCCGGUGCCGGCAGCACCCGCGGCCGCGGAGGAAAUCCAUCUAG